AUGCCGCUCGACUACAGUAAAUGGGAUGCGCUGGAGCUCAGCGACGACUCGGACAUUGAGGUCCAUCCCAAUGUCGACAAGCGCUCUUUCAUCCGGGCCAAGCAGAACCAGAUCCAUGCCGAGCGCCAGCAACGGAAGCACCAUAUCGAAACCCUCAAGUACGAGCGCCAAAUUAACGAUGGCUUAAUGAAGCGAAUAUCGUCUCUCCUCGAUGCCCUGAAGAGCCAUGCCGCGGAGGCUGAAACUCGCAAUCCUGCAGAAGUUGCCUUUCAAGCCGUUAUGGAAUCUGCAGGUAAUGCAGGAGACGACAAGCCACCCCCAAGACCUGAAGGCGUUCACAGCGAGGAAGGCGAGUUACCCACAUACACCAAGAUGAUGGCGACGCUGCUCGACCAAGUCAACAAGGCCCUUGACGAGAAUAAACCUGACAACCGGUACAAUGGCAUGAUAGAGGAGAUCGGAGACCACCUGGAGAAGGUGCAGGACCUACAAAAGGACCUCCUCACCAAGCUAGCCGAGCUCGAGAAAGCUGAGAAGAGCAAAAUCACCAGCGAGAGCUAUGCGACCGGCUUUGACAGUUCCUUCGUCUCUAAGUCGACACCGUCGGACAAGAAGCACGAGCCCCAAAUCGAACUGCUAAACCCCAACGCUGGUACCACCAAGGCUGCAGAGCCCAAAACCUCGUCGUCAGCAACACCCGAUGAUGAUGACGAAGUUGAAGUUUCCUCUGAUGCCCGUAAGUAUGCCAAUAUCAAGCCAUCCGACUACCGAGAAAGCAACAACUUCAUAUCUUCGCACCCACACAUUCUGGCGGAGAAGGAGCAAGAUGGCAUCUUAGUCAUGGCGUUUGAUUCGCAGCUUGACGGCAAGGAUGAACUCGCACAGCGGUACGUCCACCAGGCCCUGCUGCUGCAAUACUGCCGCGCACUUGGCAAGGACGGUGUUCCCUUAUUCUUCAAACGCAUUACGACCAAGGGCCACCAAGCGCAGGACGUCUUCUACAAGGAUGUUCAGGAAACUUGCUUCCGUAUCAAGACACGGUGCAAGGAGAUUAAUGCGGAGCGGGCAGCCGAGAAGGCAUCGGGAGGUGAAGGAGUAGAACAGAUCCAGUUGCAUGCUGUGGAGCCAGGCACCGUCGUCAACAUCAAGAUUCCGGCGGCGAACAGCGAGGACGAGGCUGAAAAGAGAAGACGGGAGAUCUUCGAGGGAUUCAAGCCCGACAUGAGGAAAGCACUCGAGACCGGCAGCCUGGACAAAGUCAAUCAGGUGUUGGGUAGGAUGAAAAUCGAGGAGGCAGAGGAGCUCGUUGGCCUGUUCGGCGAGGCGAACAUUUUGAGCCUUGAGGAGCAAAUCAUUGAUGGCACCACUGAGGAAGGAAAGAAGCAGAUAAAAGAAAUGGAGGAAAAAGCCGCAUUGGAGUCGUAUGCGGAUGAUCCUGAGUAA